AUGACGAGGAUUUUAUGCAAUAUCUUACAUUUGUAAAANAAAUUUAAAUCAGAAUUGAUAUCAGCAUUAUAAAUGUUCUUAUCUCUUAAUGAUUCUGUAAAUCCUCUCCAUACUUUGGCUACUUAAUAAGUAGAUGCUUAACUUUAGCAAUUUAAUAAAUAAGGUUUUAUAGAGAGUUAAGUUUCGGAAGCAUAAAUGUAAAUACCAAAAGUAGUAAAAAGAAUUUCGAAAACUUAUUUUGGAUUUGAUGAUCUUAAUUCAGAUAAAAAAUAUGAUUCUAAAAUAUUAGAAUAAACUAAAAAACCCACUCAUUAAAGAGCAUUAUCAUCUCAAAUUGAAAAAAACACAGAAUAAAUUAAUGAAAAAAUUAAACUUGCAUCAAUGAUGAAUUUUAAAAUUAUUGAAAAUGAAAAUUUAGAUGAAUUAAAAGGAACUUCAAUUUUGUAAGAUAAAUAAAUAGUAUAAUUUAAUUCUAAUUAUUUAGUAAAAUUAACCUAGAUCAAUUUCAUUGUCAUCUAUUAAUUAAUGUUGUAUAUGUUUUGAUAAUGAUCCAGAUGCCCUAUUUAUGUAAUGUGGACAUGGUGGAGUAUGUUAUCAUUGUGCUUUAGAUAUGUGGAAAAAUAAGGAUGAAUGUUAUUUAUGCAGGAAGGUAUUAUAAUAAUUUAUAAUAAAAAUAGAAAAUUGAACGAGUUUUAUAGAUUUAAGUUUGUGAAAAUGAAAAGAAUAUAUAUUAAGUAGUUGGAGCUACAGAAUUGAAUUCAAAAUUGAAAAAAAGACAUAAAAUUAGUUAAUAACAUGAUUAAUGA